AUGGCGGUUUCGCGUACUAUGGUGUUUCUAAAACGACAGCGUUGCAACUCUGCAAUGAUUUCUACAGGUGAGGAGAUACUGGGGCUUCGACUUUCGCCUUGGACAUGGACUCAAUCACUGGACCUGGCUCUUGUUGCCAUUUCUGGGAAGCUUCUUAACUUUGCAAUUUUUGAUGGAGUGGGCAACGCCGUUUUCCAUUUAGCAAUCGCAUCCAAGCAAGUUGAGACUAUAAGAUACCUCCUAUCAAUCCCAAAUGUACUAGAAAUGGCAAGCUUGAAGAAGGAUAUGGGUCUUACAGCCUAUGACAUCCUUAAACAUCAUGUUGAAUUCACAAGGGCCCUUCUCAUGCACAACUCAAAACUCGCCUUUGAGUUGGACUCUUGUCGAAGCACAGUCCUCCAUUUGGCUUCUGCGGAGGGUCAUGUCUACAUUAUUGUGAAGGAACUUCAAGUUUUUGACGAAGCAUGCUUGGUUCGUGAUGAAGAAGGAAGAAUUCCUCUACACUGUGCAGUUAUGAGAGGAAGAUCGAAUAGAGGUUGUGAGAGAAAACAUUUGGAGACCCUCCAAGCUUUGGUGGAACUGGAGCUUGCCGUCAUGGGCGAGCUUAUCGACUUCACAAGCUCUGAUGACGCCGGCAACACCAUUCUCCGCUUAGCUAUUAUGUUGAAGCGACUUGAGCAAAUAGUAGAUUCUAAUAGUAUGCCGCGAGAGAUGGAACUCGUGAAAAUUGAAACUGCUCAUCAUCAUCAGGACGAUGAGAGAAUGAGAGUUCUUUACGAGGCAUCAUACGAAGGAAGCGUUUCAACUUUGAACAUGCUAAUACAGCAAGAUCCAUUAAUCUUGCACAGAAUUAACUCGCGAACUAUCCUUAUUGAAACGCCAUUACACAUAUCAGCUUUACUCGGCCACCUUGAAUUCACCAAAGCCCUUCUUGCUCACAAACCCAAACUAGCCCUUGAGCUUGACUCCUUCCGAAGCACACCUCUCCAUGUAGCUUCUGCAGAAGGCCACAUCGACGUUGUGAAGCAGUUGUUGCUGUAUUAUGACGACGCGUGCUUCGUUCGUGAUCAUGAAGGCAGAAUUCCCUUGCACUACGCUGUUAUAAGAGGGAGAACAGAGGUUGUGAAAGAGCUAAUUAGAGUAAAGCCAGAGUCUUCGAGGAUUCUUGACAAAGGGAAGACCAUUUUUCACUUGUGUGUGGCGUACAACCACUUGCAGAUCAUGAAAGCUUUGAUAGAGUUGGCUAUUGAUGACACCUACGAACUCCUAAAUGAGAGAGACUUGGAUGGAAUGAACACUAUUCUCCAUUUGGCUGUCAUGUUGAAGCAAGUUGAGACUGUGAGGUACCUCAUGUCAAUUCCUGAAAUAAGACAAGCGUCAGACUUGAAGAACAGCAUGGGUUAUACUGCCCACGAUAUUCUUCAGCGAAUUCCGCAGGACUUCAAGUGCCUAGAAAUACAAGCUAUACUGAUGAACUACCCUGGCGUCAAAAGCGAAAAUGUACAAAUGAACACUACUCCUGAAGCACUGACGACUAAUACUAAUGUUGUGGGCCAACAAGAAGUGAGACCUCGGAAGAAGUUUUGGAGAAAUAUUUUAAAGCGUAUGGGAAAAUGGUUCGGUCAUAAUAGCGACAAUAAUUGGUUAGAAGAUAUGAGGGGAAAUUUAAGUCUUGUGGCUACUGUCAUGGCGACCAUAACCUUUCAAGCUGUAUUUAACCCUCCAGGAAAUGUGAUUCAACAGGGUAUAUUAAUCAGUUCCAACAGCACCAUCAAUGAAGGAGACAAAAAUUUUAUCGCUUUUAUAGAAUCAAGUCCCCUAGGCUGCUUGCCAUUCAAGGGUUAUGAUAGUCGUCACGACUUUACUCCGCAUGCAUGUCCUGGAGAAGCUAUGCUUGCUUCUCGUAAUCCAGAUCUCUUUCAGUUAUUUAUAAUCUACAAUACCACCUCUUUUGUUGUGUCUCUUUGCGUUGCCCUUUUGCUAGUAAGCGGAGUUCCUCUCAAAAAUAAACUUGUUAUGUGGAUAUUGUGUAUAGCCAUGUGUGCUGCUCUCACAUUCCUAGCAAGUGCCUAUUUUAUCGCCCUCUUUCUGAUCACUCCACAAAAACCUUGGUUUACGCUCACUGAUUUGGCGUCUAGCAUAGCCAGUUUCAUUUGGAAAGGAUUGCUUUUACUCAUUAGUUUGUACAUCAUAACCCUCUUGGUUAUCUGGCUAGUAAAGAUAAAAAAGCAUCGGAUAAGAGGAGCAGAAACGGAAACAGCUUUUGCUUGA